AAAGCUUUCGCAUCUCUGUUUCUCCAGGCACCAGCGCCCUUAGUCCACACUACACUGUCCACACGCGAGCACACACACAGCCUAACCGCCCGGCGACCACCUCACGCGUCCCAAAGCACAGCAGCCUCCAUUAACUGCCGCUCCCUCGUCCACCAUGCCACGGCACGCGCUGCUCCUGCUCGUCGCCGCGCUCGCCGUCUCUGCCACGGCGGCGGCUGAGCUUGCGUCGGACUCGGCGGGGCGGUCGAGUAGGGGGACCAGAUCCUGCGGAGGAGGCACGGUGGAGGAGGAGUGCCUGGGCGACGGCGGGUUGGGGCUGAGCCUAAGGCGGCGCCUCCACGACGAGGAGGAGGAGGAGCAGGCGCAGUACAUCAGCUACUCUGCGCUGAGGAGGGACUCGGUGCCGUGCUCCGUGCCGGGCAUGUCCUACUACAACUGCCAGCCGGACGCCGAAGCCAACCCCUACACGCGCGGCUGCUCCGCCAUCACCCAGUGCCGCGGCUAGAGCGCCCCCCCCCCCCCCCCCCCCCACUUGAUUUCUCUGCUGCACGUACCAGCUCUGCUACCUCUCUCCCGAUAUCCGUAUUCUCUCCUGUACUUCAUAGCUCGCUGCUGUUGUGUUUCCGCGGGGUCGGUUUGCUAUUCGAGAGAGAUUUUUAUUAGUAUUCCUUUUGCACAUUCUGAUGUCUACUUGGUGCAUGGCGACCGAUGUACGAGCUAAUAUGUAUCAGCAUUUUUAUGUAGAUGAAGGAAUCAAAUUGUUCGAUGAGAGGUUUGUAUAUGCACUAUUAGUUGGAGCUCUUGGUUUUUCCUCUCUGAUCCCUUUCUUUGUUUCUUGAGGGGAAGAGGGGAUUCAUUUCAUCACAACAGUGUCUGGUUACAAUCAUUGAUAACAAGCUUAUGCGCCACAGCAA